GGAAUGAAUCAAGUGUGGUUGUCGCAGGACGGUGCUUGCUGAAUUAGGACAACGUUGGUACAAAUUGAGGCCGAGUGCGGGACCUAAGCAGGUUAAACCACCGGAUCGGUGUUUAGGAUCGCGGCCCAUAGGGUCCCUCUGCUUUACCGAACCGUGGGGCGGACGUUAAUUGGGCGAAAUGACAACCUCAUCCCAAGAAUUAACCUGGUGAAUCUUCUUUGGACUGCCUCCAAUGCUGUUAUAUCUUUUUUUGGUGACUUCGGCUUGUGCAAAACAUGGGGGUGAAAACACAGCGUCCUCGGUGUUUUUUUGACAUAACUGUCAAUAAUCUGUUCGUGGGCAGAGUUGUCUUUGAAUUGUUCUCUGAUGUGUGUCCAAAGACUUGCGAAAACUUUCGUUGUCUCUGUACAGGUGAAAAGGGAGAAGGAAAGAGUACUCAAAAACCAUUGCAUUAUAAAGGUUGCCUAUUUCACAGAGUUGUGAAGGAUUUUAUGAUUCAAGGAGGUGACUUCAGUGAAGGAAAUGGCAGAGGAGGUGAAUCUAUCUAUGGAGGGUUUUUUGAAGAUGAAAGUUUUGCCGUCAAGCACAACAAAGAGUUCCUGUUGUCUAUGGCUAACAGAGGAAAAGAUACAAAUGGCUCACAGUUCUUCAUAACUACUAAGCCUGCACCUCAUUUAGAUAGUGUACACGUUGUCUUUGGUCAAGUUAUUUCGGGACAAGAAUUAAUAAGAGAUGUGGAAAACCAGAAAACGGAUGCAAAUAGUAAACCUUAUGCAGAAGUCCGAAUCUUAAACUGUGGAGAAUUGAUUCCAAAGGCCAAAGCCAAAAAGGAAGAGAAGAAAAGAAAAAAAUCUUCCUCCACUUCUUCGAGUGAAUCUGAGAGCUCCUCUGACUCUGAUUCGUCCUCGGAAUCAGAAAGUGAUACAGAUGAAGAUUCUAAGAAGCGGAAAAAGAAACAACGCAAGAAAGAUUCGAAAAAGCGAAAGAAGGAAAAGAAGAGAAGAAAGAAAUCAGAAAAGAAAAGCUCAUCAGAUGAAAGUGCAGAAAGUAUCACACAGGAAACUGUUGCCACUGUCUGUCCUGAAGAAAUUCCACCUGUACCAGAAAAUAGGUUUUUAAUGAGAAAAAGUCCUCGUAAGAUGGAUGAGAAAGAGAAAGAUAAGAAAAAAGAAAGAGAAAGAGAGAGCAAUGCUUCAAAUUCCCAAAUUUCUACAUAUCAAAGGCGACUUCUGGUUACAAGAUCAGGGAGAAAAAUUAAAGGAAGAGGACCCCGGCGUUACAGAACACCUUCAAGAUCAAGGUCUCGGUCAAGAGAUCGAUUUAGACGCAGUGAAACUCCACCACACUGGAGACAUGAGAUGCAACGAGCUCAGAGAAUGAGAGUUUCCAGUGGAGAACGUUGGAUAAAAGGAGAUAAGGGUGAAGUGAAUGAAAAGAAAGAAAACGAUGAAAGUAGAAGCCCAGGCAGAGGAAGAGAGGGAAUGGCUGCAGAGAACAAGCCAGAAAUAUCGGAGAGUCCAAAAAGGAGCAAAGAGAGGGAUAAGAAAACAGACCGAGAUACUGGAAGGAAUCAACGAUCGAGGAGUAAAGAAAGGGAACAGAAGAAAACAGACAAAGAUGACAAACUUGAUAAAAGCAAGUCUAAAAAGAGAAAUAGAUCGCGGAGUAAAGAAAGAAGCAAAGAUAAUGAAAAGCAAACCAAAACCAGAAGCAAGGACAGAGAGCAGAAACAAAGCAAAGAAAGGAAGGAAAAAUCACGAAGCAAGGAAAAGGAACAUACAAAAGGCAAAGAGGGGGAUAAAUAUACAAAAUCAAGUAAGGAGCGAGAACGGAAUAAAAGUAAAGAAAGGCGAAAACGUGAAAAAUCCAGAAGUCGAGAGCAGAGCAGAAGUAGAGAGAGGGGGAAACGGGACAAGUCCAAAUCAAAAACUCGUGAGCAAGAACAAAGUAAUAGUAAAGCAAGUGACAAAAGAGCCGAAUCAAAAUCCAGCAUCAAUGACCAAGAUGAGAAUAAUAAAGAGAGCCAGAAACAAGCUGAAUCAAGAAGCCAAGAUCGAGAACGAAGUAAAAGUAAGGAGAGAGGAAAACAAACCAAAUCAAAGUCUAAGAGCCGAGACCGUGAUGAAAGCAAAAGCAAAGAAAGGGCUAAGAGGGCCAAAUCAAAAUCUAAAAGUCGAGGGAGAAGUAGGGAGCGAGAGAAACGGGCCAAAUCAAAAUCUAAAAGUUGGGAACGAAGUAAAAGUAGAGAACAAGAAAAACGGGCCAAAUCAAAAUCUAGAAGUAGAGAUCGAGAAAGGAGUAAAAACAGAGACAGAGACAGAGGGAGAAGGGCCAAAUCCAGAAGCAAAGAUCGGCAGCAUUAUAGAAGUAAAGACCGAGGAAGGCGAGCAAAAUCUAGAAGUAAAGAUAGAGAAAAGGAGAGAAGCAAAGAGAGAGAAAAACAUGUAAAUUCUCGGGGCAGAGACAGGGAACAAAAACACAGAGAUAAUUGGAGUAAAUCCAAUAAUGGUGAGGAACACAUCCGGAGUAAAGAUCAAGACAAGAGAGCGAAAUCCAAAAGCAAGGAAAGGGAUAGGAGUCGGAGCAAAGAAUGUCAAAAGAACAGAGAUAAAGAACAGAAAAAAAGAGGGAGGUCAAGGAGCAGAGAGAAAAGAACUCCUGAAAAGGUUAGGUACGAUGAAUCAAAGAAAGAGGAAAAAAUUGUAAGUUCAGAAGAUAAAAUUAAGGAGAACGAGUUAAAAGUUACUGAAGUUCAAAGUACAAAUGGUAAAAAAGUACACAACAGAGAGAAUGAAAAACUGAAAAGCCAUAGCACCAGCCAGGUUAGGGAUCAAAGCAGCAGCUCUGAGAGGUUGAGAGAGAAUGAACAGAGGAAGAAGGAGAAGGAACGAAGUAGUAGUCCAAGUUUAAAGAGAAGGCGGGGAGAUAGUAAAAGCAAGAAGUAUGAAGAGAAGCACAUAGCAAGCAGUGUAUGUGAAAAUGAUGAUAAAAUUAAGCAGUCAAACAGCAAAGUAAAAGAUCAGAACCAUGACAAAAAGCACUCAAAUUGUGAUUCACCCCCGAGUUCCAAUGAAGAUAAAAGUGAAUAAAUGUGCUUUAAGGACAAAUAAUCAAUUGCCAAUAAAUGUUUCCGUGAUCUUUAUUUUUCAAAGGCCUGUUUGGGACAUGUCUUUUAAACUUUGAUUUCUGUUGAGUUUGGGUUUUUUUUUUUGACAAUCUGCUGCCUGGAUUAUUUGUACUACUGGACUUUUAAUAAAUUUGUAAAGUGGUGCAAAAGCUGGUUUCAUCUAAUGGUUUAAUUUUCAGAGCAUUAUUAUUUUUAGCUUAUUUUUUGGUUUUUAAAACAAGUAACGUUUUAUUACAGAUUGAGUUUUGUGUUCUGCUUUGUGAUAAUUUACAUUAACCGUCGAUUUUUAUUUUUAAUGGCAAUUGAAAUUCUAUUCGCCCGACCCAAAAAAUUGUUUGAGAGAACUGGGUAGUGCAGUUCAUGUGAAAUGAUUUAGCAGAGAUUUGAUUAAAUAUAUCUGCCAUGUUGGGAACAAUCCAACAUUCCUAACAUGAAAUUGGCACUGUUGCUCCGAGUGAUCACAAAGAUCUAUAAACAAAAAAAAACGCAGAUGCUGGCUAUCUGAAUUAAGAAAAGAAAAUCCUAGAAAUACUCAGCAUUACUGGCAAUAUCCAUUGAGCGAUGUUUCAGGACAUGAAUUGUUGCCAUACCUGCUGAAUAUUUGCAGCUUUUUCUGAUUUUAUUAAAGAUCACAAGGAUGAUUGGUACGGCAUAUGUGGGACAUUUUUGAAAAAUAUUGAAGCUGAUUUUUAGCAUUCAUCCCAUGCCACCCACGAUCUGGAAGUGAUGGAUGACAUAUUUGCAAUAUUUCUCCGCUCUAAUGAGCACAGAAUGUCACUAUAAAUACGAAUUUAACUGCCCGUUAUAAACUUCACCUUCAUGUAUCAGUUUAAGAUACUGCAGAAUCUGUUAAGUGUUUUGUUUUUAGCUUAGUUAGGAUGUCAUAAGUAGCAGUGCACGAGCCAAACAUGAUUUGUUAGCUUUUUUUAAUAUAAAUUUCUUGCCAAUAGACUUGAUUUCAUCUUUUCCAUUUGUUUGGGUGUUUAUCCUACCUAAACUCAAAACUACAGAUUGUUACAGAUUCUGAGAAAUGUACUUUUCUUAAAAUUUUGAUUUAAUUGAAUUUGAGUGAUGCACACCCAGAGUGUUAAUGGAUCUCAGUUUUGACCUAAACCACAAAAAUUCAAAAGUACUGGAGUACAAACAAAAAUUGGCAUAGAUUGCUAUGGAAUGUAUUCUUCUGUGUGAUUGUUUAAUAGUCUAUGCAUUGCUAGUACAGCAAUGCAGAACAUAUUUCAUAAAGUGAAAUAUCAUGCUAUCAUAUUUGAUUCCAAAACAUGCACAUUUGGACAAACGUUUCGUAUCUUGCUAAAGCUCUUAAUCUGGAGAAACAGAUACUCCUGUCUCCUCCUUUCAUAAAUCUAAUGUAUUUGGCAAAAUAUAUUCGCCUAACAAUUCAAUCGAGCCGUUCAUGGAAAACGUAACUGAUUGCAAGUUCUAUACACUAGCUUUUGAAAAUAUUUAGUUUUAAUGUUUGAGGUGAGCAACGUUUAACAUUUACUUCAAUCUCUUUCCUUGAAA